AUGGGGAGGUUGACUCAAAAGCUGAGGAGGUGGAUGGAAAAUCUGAGGAGGUGGGUUGACAUGGUCAACGCCAGGGUCGCCGCUAGCCCGGUCGGUCGGUGGUUCCAGUUGGAAGGCUCCGGUCAUCUCCGUGAGCGCAAGGGCUCCUUUUUCUUUACCGAGCUGCGUGCCGGCCUUGUCGCUUUCUUUGCCAUGGCUUACAUCAUUGCUGUCAAUUCUUCUAUUGUGGCCGAUUCGGGUGGCACUUGCGUCUGCCCCCGCACCGAGGCCGACUUUGCGUGCGACAAGGACCAGGACUAUCUGCUGUGUGUGGCCGAGGUGAAGCGCGACAUCGUCACUGCUACGGCCGCUAUUUCAGCUCUGGCUACCUUCUUCAUGGGCCUACUUGCAAAUAUGCCUGUUGGUUGUGCUCCCGGCAUGGGUCUCAAUGCUUACUUCGCCUACUCCGUAGUUGGCUACCACGGAACUGGUGCUGUGCCGUAUCAAGUCGCUCUAACCGCUAUUUUCAUCGAGGGCUUCAUCUUCUUUGGCCUUGCCGUGCUUGGGAUGCGCCAAUGGCUUGCUCGUGCCAUCCCUCGCUCUAUCAAGCUUGCUACUGGUGUUGGUAUCGGCUUUUUCCUUACCCUCAUCGGGCUCACGUAUAGUGAGGGUAUCGGCUUGAUUGUUGGCGCUACUUCCACUCCUCUUGAGUUGGCCGGUUGCGAGCAACACCUAAUGGUCAACGGGUUAUGCCCCUCUUCAACCAAGAUGCGUAACCCAACCAUGUGGAUCGGUAUUUUCUGUGGUGGCAUUCUCACUGUCAUGCUCAUGAUGUACCGCUUCAAGGGAGCCAUUCUCGCCGGUAUACUCCUUGUCAGCAUCAUUUCUUGGCCGCGAGGUACUGAUGUUACAUACUUUCCCGAUACCGUUGUUGGCGACUCCAAUUUCGACUUUUUCAAGAAGGUUGUCGACUUCCAUCCUAUUCAGAGAACACUGAAUGUCCAGGAGUGGAAUGUCGCUGGCUACAGCGGUGCGUUUGGCCUCGCCCUCAUUACCUUCCUGUAUGUCGACAUUCUUGACUGCACUGGUACGCUCUAUUCUAUGGCUCGGUUUGCCAAUCUCAUCGACGAAGAGACUCAGGAUUUUGAGGGCUCUUCCGUCGCCUACAUGGUCGACGCAAUCAGUAUUUCCAUCGGUGCCCUUUUCGGAACCCCUCCAGUUACAGCCUUUGUCGAGUCCGGUGCUGGUAUCUCCGAGGGCGGUAAGACAGGUAUCACGGCUAUGGUUACGGGACUAUGCUUUUUCAUCUCGGUUUUCUUCGCCCCUAUUUUUGCUUCAAUCCCAUCAUGGGCCACUGGCUGCGUCUUAAUCCUUGUUGGAUCUAUGAUGGUGCGGGCUGUGACCGAGAUCAACUGGAGAUACAUGGGCGACGCCAUUCCCGCUUUUAUCACCAUGGCCCUGAUGCCUUUCACUUACUCCAUUGCUGAUGGAUUGAUUGGCGGCGUUUGCAGCUACAUCCUCAUCAACACCCUGGUGUGGGUCAUCGAGAAGGCUUCAUUUGGUCGCAUCGUUCCCCACAACAAGCACGAGAAAGAUCCUUGGACCUGGCGCAUUCCUGGUGGUAUCUUGCCGCCCUGGGUCAGGCGUUUGGCCAGUGGCAAAAAGGACUUCUGGCGUGCAGAUGAAUAUCACAGUAGCAACGUUGCUAACCAGCCUCGGUCACUUGAGAAAACAGCUAGUUCGGAUCAGGGCGGUUCGGUGACUGGAAAGGAAAAGGACGCGAGCGAGACUAUCUCUCCUCGGGCCGAUAGGUCAUCAUAA